AUGCAAAGUCAUGUAAAUUUAUAGAAAUAUGAAUCUUAUGAGUUGCAAAAACCAAGCAUAACUAUUUUUGAGUAAUCAACUUAGAUGAAUAUUUUAACUGAUGAAUAAAUUGAUGAAUCUGAUUCAGAACCUGAGAAGACCAUUUAAGAAACGCAAAACCAAAAUCUAUUACUUUCUAAAUACCAACAUAACAAUACAAUAUUUGAAGAUGAAAAUGAAGAAGGUGUGUGGGAAGAGAAUGCUAAGGAAGUAAAUCCUCCAAAGCCAUUUUUAAUGUCGAUUAACUUCUCCAACAUAAGUCUGUAUCGAUUCCCUACUCUGGAAUAAGAAAAGGUAUUUGGUGCUAUUUUUAUUGCAUAGAAUUUAAGGGCUGAGAUAAACAAUAUAGAAAUAAACAAUAAUGUAGUGUAUUAUUAGAUAGAAACCAAAUCAUCUUAAUUGGGGUACACCGUAAAAGUGAAGAGAAGAUAUAAUGAUUUUAAGUUUUUAUUGAGAGAAUUAACAAUCAGAUACCCUCAACUAUUAUUACCUUACUUACCUAUAGGAAUUGGAGUUGGAAAACUUAACAAUCGAAGCGUAGAAGAAAGAAAGAGAUUAUUAUAAAAUGUUAUUAAUAUCAUAACUAUGCACUAAGAAUUGAUACUUUCAAGUUCUGUCAGAAAUUUUUUUGAAGAAGGAGAUCAACAGGAAUUUGAGAAUAAAAGAAAACAAGGUCAAUAUAAUAUGAAAGGAGGUUUAGCUUAAAAUCUAUAAACAGUAAUAGAUAAAAGCAUAAAAUCGAUUGGAUAAUUAAAGAAUUGGUGGAAUGGUACAAAUCAAAACAAGAAAUGUGAGGAAUUGGAAUAAAUAUAGCUGGAAUUAGUCAAAUUAUUGAGUUAAUAAGCAAGGUAUUAGAAACUACUUUCCUACAUCUAAGCAUUAUAAAGAAAAUAGUAAAAAAUAAAGGAUAUAAUUGCAUAACAAGAUAGUUAAAAAACACAAUUACUAAUUGAAACGAAACUUCAUGAUUGUAUUUUAGAUUAUGCAAAAAAUUUAGAUUUCUAAACUAACACUUUAGAAGAUAAAUUUGAUUAAUAUUAUCAAUAGUAAAUUUGGUAAUUAAUGAAUGUAAUAGAAUUUAUUGAUUACGCUGAUAUUUAUUUUAAGCAGUUAGUCAAGUACAUUGAAGAUUUUAAUGAAUAAUUAACCUAGGUUGCACCAAAUUAAUAAACUCAUUAAACAAUCAAGGAUGAGAUUAAUAAAUAUUUGAGCAAAGCUAAGGAUUAAUUUUGCAAUAAAAAAGAUGGUAUAAUAUCAAAAUACAUUGGAAUUUAAUAAAAAGGAUUUACUGAUUAUUACAUUAGCCAAUAAUAGGAGAUCUGGAAUUACGCUUAAGAGAUGAAAAAUACAUUUAAUUGA